AUGUCAUCUUAUAAGCCGUCGACUACGUCGAUUGAUACAACAUCGAAACUUGGGGAUUUAGUCACUUCUCCUAUGUCAGAUUCUUCUUUCUACUGUAGUUUGGCUGGUGCUAUGCAAUAUUUGUCGUUUUUUCGUCCUGAUAUCACGGAACUCUUGAUUUUGGCAUUCAUUUGUCUCCAUCCUCUGUUAUAUCCCUCUUGGCAUACGCUGAUGCUGAUUGGGGUGGGUGUGUCUGGACACACGUCGUUCGACGUCUGGCUAAUGUGUCUUGCUAUUGUGUCUUCUUUGAAAGAUAAUCUAAUCUCUUGGUCGGCUAGGUUCCAAACCACUUUGUCCCGUUCUAGUGCAGAGGCUGAGUACGUAUCGGACGGUUGCGAAGGUGGUUUCAGAAACUUGUUGGCUACGAAAUUUACUCCUAGAAUUUCAUUGCCCGGUUCCCAUUGCUACUCUUGUUUACUGUGA